AUGAAUUGCUCUCGUAUAUGUCGUAUAAGAUGGCGAAAUAUAUUGUCACAGUUACGUCCUGAACAAAAAUUAUCAAAUGAGAAAGAGAAAGUAGAAAUGGAUGAAAGAAUGGUGCUAAGUGAUGAAGCUGAGAGUAUGUUGAAAAAAAUGUUGCCAUCAUUGAAAUCAGGUGAUGGACCAAAAAAACACAGUGAUACAGAGGAUGAUGAAUUUCUGGAUCUUACAUCGAAAGAGAAAAUUGACAUGGAUUCGAUCCGAGCUAGAGGGUUCUUAAAAUAUCGGUAUAACUACAAACCACCAAGUGAUCUUGAGGACCAAGUGAAAGAAGCUGUGAAUGCAGUUUUUGAAAAUGUAAAUAGCGAUAUACGAAGUAUCGAUCUUACAAAGAAUCGGCACUUAAAAUUUCAGCUUCUCGAUUUGCUAGGUAAAAGACUGUGUCAUGUAGUUCCCAAUUCUGAAUUACAUCAAAUGAAAACGGUUGGUGAUUUAAUUGAUUUCUACUGGCGUCCAGUUCAAAAUCUUACCGAAUAUGCACAGAUGGCUCGUGACAACAAACAGACGUUACCAAAGAACUUACAUAUUAUGGAACAUCCGUUCCGUUUUCAUCCCGAAGAUAUUUAUUCUUAUCAUGGAGGUGAAACAGCUUUUCCCGGAAAGGGAGGUGAAGUCAUCAGUUUAAGAAAUAAGAGGUUAUAUCGACAGUUUAAACCAAAAGAAGAUUGGUUCGAUUUUGAAGAGGAUUCAUUUGAUUAUACUCGUCAAGAUGAAAAAAUGCCUUGGGAUCCAGAAAUUGCAGAACGUAUGGAUCGAUAUCCAACGAAACGAUAUAAUUUGAAAACAAAACGAUUCAAGAAUACGUGA